UACAUAUACGAUCUUUGGCUACUGCUUCUUGGCUGCUGCUUUGCUCUCUCGCGGAGUGCGCUCGAAUUGUAGUAUAUAAAUACCCCUCUACUGCUGGAUUGAGACCCAGAGGCCGGCUGCUAUAAAAGUCGCAAGGACAUGUAGAGUCUCUAUAGUGUCUGUUACAUUUAACGUGAGAACGGACUGUUACUGCAACGCUUUUUUGCCAUUCAACAACUCUUCUUUUGGUGACAAACACUCAUUUUCGGUGGUUGAUCAUCUGCUUAGAGACAGAAAUAAGAUAGAAAAAUUCAGCAGAGACUUGAAAAGUGCGCGAAUAUAUUUUAUUUUGAGCUGAUUUUCGGUGAAGAAGAGGCUAAAGGAAUAUUCAUUGCAAGUCUUCGUUCGUAGAAACUUUUCUUUGGACAAAAUGUGGAGUGAUUUGGACGUGAAGGAGGUGAGAAGUUGCCUCUAUGUGUUCACAAGUGUUCUCCUGCUGGUGGUGUUGAUUCAGUGGCUCCUCAAGUGCUACAGGGAGAUCAAAUUACUGCCACCGGGUCCAUGGGGCAUUCCCGUGAUGGGCUAUCUCGCCUUCCUGGGCCAGGAGAAGCACACGCAGUACAUGGAGCUGGCGAAGAAAUACGGCGGUGUGUUCAGUGCACGCCUCGGGACGCAAUUGACCGUGGUUGUGAGUGACUACAAGGUGAUUCGAGAUACCUUCCGGAAGAAAGAGUACACCGGACGUCCUGAUACACCCUUCAUUCAAACUAUGGAUGGCUUUGGAAUUAUCAACAGUGAGGGAAAAUUAUGGAGGGAUCAGAGGAGAUUUCUGCAUGAUAAGUUGAGGCAGCUGGGAGUGACGUACAUGGGAAAGGGAAAGGAUGUGAUGGAGAAGAGGAUCAUGACAGAGGUGAACGAUUACUUAUCAACGCUGUCAGCCUCCAAUGGCGGAUCAAUUGACAUGAGCCCGAUCCUCGCAGUGGCAGUGAGCAAUGUGAUCUGCAACAUAAUGAUGUCAGUGCGCUUCUCGCUGGACGACCCGAAAUUCCAGCGCUUUACCUGGCUGAUUGAGGAGGGCAUGCGGUUGUUCGGUGAGAUCACGACUGUGGAUUACAUCCCGACUGUGCAGUACUUGCCAGGGAAUUUGAAUGCCAAGAACAAGAUCGCGAAGAAUCGGAAGGAAAUGUUUCAGUUCUACCGCGAGGUGAUCGAUGAGCACAAGAGUACAUUCGAUGCCAACAACAUUCGUGACUUGGUCGACAUGUACUUAGCUGAAAUUGAGAAAGCCAAAGAAGAAGGUCGCAGUAGUGAACUAUUUGAAGGCAAAGAUCAUGAGCAGCAAAUUAUGCAAGUGAUCGGUGAUCUGUUCUCGGCCGGGAUGGAGACAAUCAAGACAACACUGCUCUGGAUCAAUGUGUUCAUGCUGAGGAAUGAGCACGUGAUGAGGCGCGUGCAGGAGGAGCUGGACCUUGUCGUAGGGCGCAGUCGAUUGCCGCGGAUCGAGGAUCUGCCGUUUCUGCCGUACACGGAGAGCACGAUUUUGGAGGCGAUGCGGCGAUCGAGCAUCGUCCCACUGGCCACAACUCACUCACCUACAAGGGAUGUCACGCUGAACGGCUACGUGAUCCCGGCGGGGGCUCAUGUGGUGCCGCUGAUCAACAGUGUCCAUAUGGAUCCCACUCUGUGGGAGAAUCCCGAGGAGUUCAAUCCCAAUCGCUUCAUCAAUGCAGAGGGCAAGGUGCAGAGACCCGAGUACUUCAUGCCCUUUGGCGUGGGCCGCCGAAUGUGCCUUGGCGAUGUUCUGGCCAGAAUGGAAUUGUUCCUCUUCUUCUCCUCCCUCAUGCACACCUUCGAUCUCAGGCUGCCCGAGGGCGAACCCAUGCCGAGCCUCAAGGGCCAGGUAGGCGUCACGAUCACGCCCAAGGCUUUCCGCGUGUGCCUCACGCCACGACCGCUGGCCGUGCCACAAGUCAUCGUGAGUGAUCCUGUCACGGGCACGCUGAGAAAUAUCACUUCUCAGAAAAUGCACACGAUUUCGAUGACCACUUUUGGCCAAUAAAAUGUGCUGAAUCGAGCUGCAAAACAAAAGAUAAAAGUUCCAGAGCACGGUUUCGGUUCCUAUCUCUAAUCUCAAUGAAAGAUCACACAAAAAAAAACAAUCCAACAUGCCACAUAUCUUCAACGAACAGGCAAUGCAAGGUAUCAUUGCGAGUGCCUGGUGAAAAAGUACAGUACACGUCAUAAAAAUAGCAUCCAGCUCAUGUGAAAUUUGUGUAUAUCUGCCGACACGACGCAAAAACAAGAGACGCAAACAUAAGUAGAUGAAGUACGAAAAUACAAGAUUCAAUGCUAGUCAUUGUGUGUAAGUGUGAGACGGAGAACGCCGAGAGAGCAUGGAGAAUGACAUGGAAUAUCCUUCCCUCAGAGCGCAAUAGUCACAGAAGAAGAGAAGAGAAAAAGCUAAAUGAUAUCCACACACAGAAUAAAAAAAAAAGAAAAACAA